CAAAGAAAUCAAAUAUUUUAUGUACAUUUUUUAAGGAUAACCUUAUCUCCAAUCACAAGUAGAAUAUCUUCCACAUGAUCAAGAAAAUCUCCAUUUUCCACCUCACAUCCAAUUUCUUCAACCACUAAUAUCCAACCCUCACAAACACUUUUCCUAAACCAAACCAAUAAUUAAUAAUGUCUUCAGUUUCUGUUUCAAUGUCUUUACCACUAACCCAAGCCACACACAAAAGCCUCACCACACCCUUCUUGAAACCCUUACCCUUUCCACAAGCAAAGAAGACACUACUAGUCAACAAUUCAACUUCAAAAUCCAAUCUUGUUGGAGUUCAAGCGUCAUUGAAAGACCAAACAGUGAAGGGUCUAACAGCUUUUGCAUUGACAGCUUCUAUGGUCCUUCCAGAUGUUGCCCAUGCAGCUGGAAAUGACUUUUCACCUUCUCUUAAAAACUUUUUACUUAGCAUUGCUGCUGGUGGUGUUGUUCUUACAGCUAUAUUAGUUGCUGUUAUUGGUGUUUCCAACUUUGAUCCUGUUAAGAGAACUUGAUUCAACUAUGUUGUCUCAAUCUUAAAACUUCACAUUUUUCUGCCACUUGUAAUUUAUGUAAUUGUUUCUAAUACAAGAACAAGAAUCAUGCCACCAACCAUACUUGUGUAACUGUUUCUACUUAAAUUCAUAUUAUAUGUUUUUCACAAA